UGUUGUUGCAGUGGUCGGCUGACAAGUUGACAUUGUCAAAACAUUCGAUUUUUGCUAGUGAAAUCAAUCUGUGGCGAUUAUCAAAGUUUUCACAACAAUUUUACAAAUUUUGUGAUUCCAAUGCGGUAAUAAGUUCAAGGGUUUCCCAAAGUGUGAAAAUAUGGCUUCGAUUGUGGUGAAAAGCGAACCAAAAUCAUGGGAAAACUAUCCUCCAGAGUGUCGACUGUGCAUGAGCCAAGAAUCUCUCGGCGAUAUAUUUAUGGAGGAAGGCCUUCUCCAGUGGAUAUUGGAUUAUCUCGUGAUUGCGGUAUCCCGCCAAGAUCGUAUUAGUCAAGCUAUUUGCGAUAUCUGUCGAAUACAGCUGGCAGAGUUCCAUCGGUUCCGAAUUCGUUGCCAGGAUGUGCAAAGCGUAUUGCAAUCCAUGAUCCUGGCACGAAACAAUGAUGGUCAACAAGUUACUAGAGACGGGACGCGAGUCGUAAUCAAAACCGAGCCGAAAACUUGGGAAAGCUUCCGUGCAGUUUGUCGACUAUGUAUGGGCGUAGAAUCGCUUGGCUGCAUAUUCAAGCAAGAGGGUCUUCAUCAAUUGAUAUUAGACUACCUUAUGAUUGUGGUAUCCCGGGAAGAUGGCAUCAGUCAAGCCAUCUGCGCUCUCUGUAGAUUACAGCUUACAGAGUUCCACCAGUUCCGAAUCCGUUGUCAGGAUGUGCAGAACGUUUUGCACUCCAUGAUGUUGGGUGAAGAUGAAUGUGAGGAACUAGUCCAGCCUAUCAGUAGUUGUUCGAAACUUGAGUAUGAACCUUCAUUUGGGUUGGAUCUCGUUGCAGGAGGGAACGAACUUGGAACCAAACCAAUAAUUGAGAAGUGUGACCAUUUGGAACCAACCAUGAAAAAUAUCCCGAAGCAAGAACAAAGUAUGUGUUUCGUGGAAGAACCAAUGCCUAUUGAACACGUAAACUUGAAAAGUGAACCACCCGAGGAAGACAACUCUUGUUCCGAUGAACAAGAAUACGAAACAGAAAUGCAAUCAGCUAUGGUACAAAUUCCACUGGACAUCAUACAAAAGCACGAAAGAAGGACCCCUACAACGAUAAAUUAUGAAACUGAACAACCAAAUGAGCCGCAAGAUGCGAUUGUCAUAGAGGAAGUAAAGGUUGAGCCACACGAAAAAGAGGAUGCACCCAUACCAAAAGUUCAGCAAUUUCCGUGCAAUCUAUGCGAUAGGGUGUGCACCUCCAAGAAUAAGCUCAAGCGUCACAAACAGAUAGUUCACGGACCGAGGGUUCACGCGUGCGAGAUUUGCAACUUCAAAGCAUCCUUACAUAGGGAUCUGAGAAAGCAUUUACGCACCAAGCAACAUUUCAACAAACUGCAUGCUUCACUCGGAAACGAUGCUUUCACAGUUCCGGUAGGCAGCAAAAAAGAAAGCGAAACUGCAGACAAACCCAACGUGAAGGUAGAGAAUGAUCAAUCGGUUGGUAAGGAAGAUGGGGACACUUGUACUACUGAAGAACCUUCCCCAGAGCGUAAAGGGCCUAUUGGUGAUGAAUCUUUGCAAACAAUCGAAGGGCACAAUGAUGAGAAACAGCUGCAGUGUGAUAUCUGCCAUAAAAUGUUCGCCAUGGACAGAAAGAAAUUGUUGGACCACAAGUGGUACGUCCACGGGUACAACGAAUAUGAGUGUCCCAUAUGCGGAAGGCCCUUUUCGUUGCGACAUCGAAUGCUAGAUCAUAUACGUACGCAUGAUGGUCCGCGCCAUCGAGGAAAGCGGAAAGACCAAGAUCAUCUUGCCAAACCGUUCAAGUGUGAAGUAUGCGAGAUGGAAUUCCGUCUCAAGAAGACCUUCAAUUACCACCGAAGGCAAAAGCAUGGACUAACUGAAAUCGUUUGCAAUAUUUGUGGAAAGCCGUUCGCUUAUCCGUACCAACUGAAGGAGCAUAUGGAUCAAAAUGAUCACAAUCGUGUCGCUCGUCGUCAACAGGGAGUCAAGAGAUCUGAAACAGACAGCGAAGACCUUGACAUACGAUUCAAGUGCGCCAUCUGCCAGAAGUUGUUCAAACGCGAAGGUUCACUAUAUGCUCACCAGAAAAUGAAACACGAGGAAAAACCUCACGCGUGCUCCGUCUGCGACAAGCCGUAUGCCUUUCAGUGUCAGCUCAGGGUGCACAUGAAAAGUCACGAAAAUCCACGAAAACGAAAAAUACGGGCAGAGAAGUCUGAAGUAGUCAUUCGUGUUGAAGGUGAUGGACCGUUGACCAGGGCUAGAAGUUCUAAAAUUCAGACAGAGGAAUGUGGCCAGGCUGAGGAUGAAUCCAAUGUCGAAUAACCAAUCCGACGUGGAUGUUUUAUUUCUCGGGGAAAAAAUGGUCGGUAAGAGUAAUACGUUUUUCGUUGAUUCGAAUCUAUUAUUUGUUCAUUAGCUUACACUAAAUUAUUGAAUUCGCAUUAGUAAGGUACAUUAUUUUAAAUAUUUAAACAAACGGACACUAUUCAAACAAA